UCAUCUCUGACGACUCCAGCACCUCUACCUCGCCAACAUGAAGGUUCUCAUCGCUCUCGUUGCCCUCGUGGCCGUUGCCUCCGCCGUCUACCCAAGGGUUAGGUCCCACGUGAAGCCAGUUACCACCUACCACAACAAGGUCGUUGUGAACCGCGUUCCAACUGUUGACUACAGAAAGGUCCACGGCUACAGAACCGUCCAGGUCCCAACCGUCGACUACGUCCCAGUCCGCGGCUACAGAACCGUCAGCAACGUCGUCUCUGUCCCAACUACAAGAUACGCCGUCCGCCGCACCGUCGUUGACGGAUAUGGCUACGGUGCCGGAUAUGGCUACCGCGCUGGCUAUGAUGCCGGAUACAACGGAUAUGGCUACGACAGUUACGGCAAAUAUUAAGCUGUGAUUUGUUGAUUGUUCACUGUUUUAUGUUGCCCCGCAAAUGUCAAUAAAUGCGAAGUGGCCUUUAAAA